CGCGCCAGAAGCACUUCCAGGAACUCGCCCGGCUCUGCGCCUCCUUCCGCUCCACCCGCGCGCGCCGCCGGCCGCCCAGAUGCUCUUCCGCUCCCUGCUUCUCUGCGCGGCGCUGGCGCUCAGCAGCGCAGCAAAUCCUUGCUGUUCCAACCCAUGUCAAAACCGAGGUGUGUGUAUGACUAUAGGAUUUGACCGGUAUAAGUGUGACUGUACCCGAACCGGAUUUUAUGGCGAAAACUGUUCAACGCCUGAAUUAAUGACAAGAAUAAAAUUAUUGCUGAAACCUACUCCAAAUACAGUGCACUACAUACUUACCCACUUCAGGGGUUUCUGGAACAUUGUCAAUAACAUUCCCUUCCUGCGGAACGCAAUUAUGAAAUAUGUGUUGACAUCCAGAUCACAUUUGGUUGAGAGCCCACCAACUUACAACAUGCACUACGGCUACAAAAGCUGGGAGGCCUUUUCUAACCUCUCCUAUUAUACCAGAGCUCUUCCUCCAGUACCUGAUGACUGUCCAACUCCCAUGGGUGUGAAAGGAAAGAAAAAGCUUCCUGAUUCCAAAGAAAUUGUGGAAAAAUUCCUUUUAAGAAGAAAGUUCAUCCCUGAUCCUCAGGGCACAAAUAUGAUGUUUACAUUCUUUGCUCAGCACUUCACCCACCAAUUCUUCAAAACAGAUCAUAAGCGAGGACCAGCUUUCACCAAAGGACUGGGCCAUGGGGUGGACUUAAGUCAUGUUUACGGCGAAACUUUGGAUAGACAGCAUAAACUGCGCCUUUUCAAGGAUGGAAAAAUGAAAUAUCAGAUAAUUGAUGGAGAAGUGUAUCCUCCCACAGUCAAAGAUACUCAGGUCUCAAUGAUCUACCCACCUCAAGUCCCUGAACAUCUCCGCUUUGCUGUGGGGCAGGAGGUCUUUGGCAUGGUGCCUGGUCUGAUGAUGUAUGCCACCAUUUGGCUGCGGGAACAUAACAGAGUAUGUGAUGUGCUGAAAAAGGAACAUCCAGAAUGGGGUGAUGAGCAGUUAUUCCAGACAAGCAGGCUAAUACUGAUAGGUGAAACUAUUAAGAUUGUGAUUGAAGACUAUGUCCAACACUUGAGUGGCUAUAACUUCAAGCUUAAAUUUGAUCCAGAACUGCUUUUCAACCAACAAUUCCAAUACCAAAACCGCAUUGCUGCUGAGUUUAACACCCUCUACCACUGGCAUCCCCUUCUGCCUGACGCCUUUCAAAUUGACGAAAAAGAGUACAACUAUCAACAGUUUCUCUACAACAACUCUAUCUUAUUAGAACAUGGUCUUACCCAGUUUGUUGAAUCAUUCAGCAGGCAAAUUGCUGGCAGGGUUGCUGGUGGUAGGAAUCUUUCACCUGCAGUACAGAAAGUAGCACAGGCCUCAAUUGACCAGAGCAGACAGAUGAAAUACCAGUCUUUUAAUGAGUAUCGCAAGCGCUUUUUGCUACAGCCCUACAAAUCCUUUGAAGAACUCACAGGUGAGAAGGAAAUGGCUGCGGAGUUAGAAGCAGCCUAUGGUGAUAUCGAUGCUAUGGAACUGUAUCCUGCUCUUCUGGUAGAAAAGCCACGUCCAGAUGCCAUCUUUGGUGAGACCAUGGUAGAACUUGGAGCACCAUUCUCUUUGAAAGGACUUAUGGGUAAUCCUAUUUGCUCUCCUGAGUACUGGAAGCCUAGUACUUUUGGUGGGGAAGUAGGUUUUAAGAUCAUCAACACUGCCUCAAUCCAGUCUCUCAUCUGCUAUAAUGUGAAGGGCUGUCCUUUUACCUCAUUCAGUGUUCAAGAUCCACAGCUGACCAAAACAGUCACCAUUAAUGCAAGUUCUUCUCACUCUGGACUAGAUGACAUCAACCCCACCGUACUACUAAAAGAACGUUCAACUGAACUAUAGAAGUCUAUUGGUCAUAUUUAUUUAUUUAUAUGAACUAUUUCUGUUGAUUUAAUUAUUUAAUAUUUAUAUUAAACUCCUUAUGUUAAUAUCUUCUGUUAAGGAGGAAAGAGUCAUACUUGUAAAGAGCGUUGUGACACUAUUUGCAGACAGAUUUUCUUCAAAUUUAGAGGAAAAGAGCCUUUGUUCUUUUCUAUGAACCAAUGAGAAGUUGGUUGAGAAACCAGUGAGUUUGAUUAUCUUUUUACUUGAAUUUCAACUUUUGUGAUGUAUAAUAAGAACAACGACAAAGAUGUUUGGAUGUUUUAAAUGCUGUUAAAACAUUUAAAUGUUUAAAUGCUGUUACAUGGUUUAAAUGCUGUUACAUGGUUUAAAUGCUGUUACAUGGUUUAAAUGCUGUUACAGAAUGGCAAAAUGCUGCAAGUUUCUUUCUACAUUGUUGAUAUAUUCCAGUGUAUCUUCCAUGAUACAUUAGAAACAACUACCUGCAUUGUGCUCUUUUUACUUUUUUCUUUCAAUCAUUUUGUGAAGAAAAACUCUUUUCUGACCAGUAUACUUUUACUUUUAUUUCCAGAAUUCAAGAUCUGAGUUCCUCUUUCUUUAUAACUGUCUAUAUUUUCUUACCUGAACUUCUCUAAAUGUUCAGGAAAACCUCAGCUCAGGACUACUGUUUAGCUUCUCUUCAAAGGUUGACAGUAAGGCAGUGAUGUUCCUAGUCUCGUGAACAUCUUUCUUGAUGAAAAACAAAACUGAACAAUUCAUGAAUUGUCCCCAUGAGGAUACUGCUUUUUCUUUUCCACAUCUCAAUGUCAGCUGACAUUUUUCUGGUACUGUAUAUUACUUAAUUUAUUGAGAUUAUUUAUUAGGACAUUAUUGUUACAGACUGGGCUUAGCCAGUAAUCACAUUUUUUUUUUUUUUUUGCAUUAUGUCAGAAUUAUUUGUUCUGACAUGUUACUUUCUCUGGGAUUCCGAUGAAUUUUCUUCAUUGGGAUAAACUCUGAAUUAUGUAAACUCCAAGAGAAAUGAUUGGACAAAGAUUAGUGACUAAAUGUUCAAUAAUCCAACUCUGGCAUAUUGAGAUAUAGAAAGUUAGAAUUUAUGUCUUUUUUUUUUUUAGAAUUUAUGUCUUUAAAGGACAUAAGAGAACAUUGUGUCCCACUAGUCCGGGACACACCAUAAACACUAUAAGACCACUUACGCAUUUUUGAAAGACCUGUGGAUGGUCUAUUACUUAAUUCAACCAUAACAUUGAGGAUAUAUUCUCUGCAAAGCAUUUGGAUUUUUAUAUUUUUAAAUCAAGUGCUAAUUACGGAUAGCAUCAGUUGUAUCAAUGGUUGAAAGAGCAUGUCUCUUACAGGAGAAAUUGAAAUUUCUUUGAAUAGAAAUAACUCAGGGGAUUUUUUUCUUUAAGGUUUUUUGGUUUAAAAGGUUUUAAGAUUAAGGAAAGAAACAGUAUUAGAAGGACUUAUAUAAAAAAACUAUUGAUUUAAAAAGAAUGAUUUGUUAUUAGAUUUAUCCUACUACUGGACCUGGGAAUUUGGAAUGUAUAUGUGAAUCUUUUGCUGCCUCACAUAAUUGUGUAUUUAAAUUAACUUAUGUAAAAUACAAUGGUUGGAACAAAUGUCUUUAUUUUUAUACUAUUUAAAAUCAAAGCAAAAU